ACAAUUGUAUGUACUAUAUAUGUAUACAUAGUAUAUAUUUUAGAUAAAUAGGUUGUGUGUACAAGGAUUCUUAGUUUGUUAGCCUAGACCUAGCCAUCAAUCACCGGUACAAAGUCUGCCCAAACCUUCCCACUUCCUAACGGAAAACACUUUCUCAUCUUCUUCUCUUCUCCUCUUCUCUUCUCUUCUCCCCAACAAUUCCUUAUAUUUUCUCUCCUGCUCUCCAUAUCCCACCAAACACAAUAAUUCAUUUCCUCAAUUCUCUAACUAUAUCAACAACAAAUAAUCCUAAUCUCAACUUAUAUCCCACACCCAACUUCCAAUCUUUCAUUUUUUUUUCUCUAUCUAUUUGUACAUGUCUCCAGCUAGCUCAGAUCAGGCUAGCUAAGUUCUUGUCUAUUUUCGGCGAGCCGAGUUUCAAGAUUUCUCAAGAUUGCUGGGAAGUUGAGAGGAAUCAGGGUUUUUAUUAUCGGUUACUGUUGGGCCUUUUUUUUUUUUUUUUUGGUUUUUGAUCAGUUUUGUUAGUUGGUGUUGUUGGUAAGAGAGGAUAUAUAGAUAGAUCAGCUGAUCAUGUGUAGCAGAGGCCACUGGAGGCCUCAUGAGGACGAGAAGCUCAGGGAAUUGGUGGAGAAAUAUGGGCCCCAUAAUUGGAAUGCCAUAGCUGAAAAGCUUCAAGGAAGAUCAGGGAAGAGUUGUAGACUAAGAUGGUUCAACCAAUUGGAUCCAAGAAUCAACCGGAGCCCCUUCACGGAGGAGGAGGAAGAGCGGCUCCUGGCGUCUCACCGGAUUCACGGGAACAGGUGGGCUAUAAUCGCUAGGCUUUUUCCGGGCCGCACCGAUAACGCCGUGAAGAACCACUGGCACGUUAUCAUGGCUCGGAAAUGCAGGGAGCGGUCGAAGAUGUACGCCAAGAAGGCCGUCCUCAAGUCCUUAAACGACCAUGCGGCUUCUUCGUCACGGCAGCCCCAACACGGCGGCGCCACCGCCGAGUUUAGCAGAGCCUUCAAUGGAGGAAGCCUUUCAUUUUUUGAUAAACUGCACUACCCUUUGCCGUAUGCUCCCUCUCUCUAUCCAUUGGAGUUUCAAGGAGACAACUUCGUUCAACCUGUGACCAUGGAUCUAGAUAAUAGGAAGAAGCCAGUGGAGUUUUACGAUUUUCUCCAAGUAAAUACUGACUCUAACAAAAGCGAAGUGAUAGAUCAAUAUGCAAGAAGAGACGACGAGGAGGUGGAACAACAACAAGCCGCCGCCGGUAACCGGAGCAAGCCCGCCGGCGCUGGUGGCGAUGUGCAAUUCAUAGAUUUCUUCUCCGCAGGCGCCGGACGGUCUGCCUAAAUUUCCGGCGGUGAGCUUGAUCGGAGACAUAACACACGUACACUUCGUGAAUCGCGUCGAAUUCAUGGAGGUUUAGUGAAUUACAACAUAUACUUAGUACACUUAGUGCUUCUAAUUACUAGGAGGGGUCUAUGCAUAUUUGAGCAUGCAUAUAUGAGGUGUUACAUAUAUGUUGUAUUAUAUAUGAAUAUAAUUAUGUAUUCAACAACUUAGAAUAGAACAAAAAAGAAAGAGAAAAAAAAAUUUCUAGAACACAAAA